UGCAUGUGCUGCUUCCUAGGUGAGGAGGUGCAUUGUUCAACCAACGUGGCGAUGCGGUCCUGGUCAACAGGACGGCGGCCGACUGCGGCGUGUUGUAUCGUGGUGCUGUGCCUGUGUUGUGUCAUUGCUGUGGCGGCGGAGGCCACACCACCGGGCCAGUCGGUGCCCCACGUGGACGGGAUCGCGACUGGUGCUACCACCGUGCAACACCUGCGCGCAACGCUACGUGCGUUCGAAGCCAUGCAAGCCAUUCCAAAACCAUUGCCGCAAUCGCAUCAUGUCGAAAUGUGGCUGGGCGGUGUCCAGUACAAGUCGCGCAUGUCGCCGCCGUGGACGGACGCUGCAACGGGCCGCCGGGUGCGCUUCGCAACAGGGUUUGGUCGUCGCGACGUGAUUGUUCCGGUGGCGUCGAGCAGAUCUCGCGGGGCAAGCGCAACGUCGUGGCGGGCGCGGCCAUUUCGCGAAUAUGGUUUUGGCGACUCCCAAGUUGUCCGUGUCACCCCGAGCGGCCUCGACUUUGGCGUCCAGGAAACGUGCACCCCAACGCUCUUGAGUGUGCAAGUGUCGUACCGUGCGGACGCACUGGAUGCAGAGCAUGGGCACGACGCCAGUCCAUCCCACGACGUCCAGCCCCUCGACAUCCACGGCAUCGCCAUCCACGACAAGCAGUUCCUCCUUGCCGACGUAUUCCACGCCGUCACGCUGCAGCCCGGCGACGUGCACACGUUUUACGUUCUGUUUUUGCCCCACGAGCACAGCGCCACGAUUGAGUCGACUUUAACGUUUCAAACGUCGCUGGGCGACGUGCCGUACGCGCUGCGGGGCUCGGGGGUCCCGAAUCGAUACCGGGCCUCCAAGCUGGCUGCUUCGAUCGCGGCCGGCGUUCGAUACGAUCCUGUCGUGCAUCUGUACAACCCGCAUCACCAGCCGCUCCGCGUGACGGAGGUCUUCACGACGGAAGGGUUUUUGCACUUGGAGCUGCCGAAAACGCCACCGACGUCGUCGACCCAUCCCGACGACACGCGUCCGACCACCGGCGUGUGGGAAAUCGAAGCGGGUGCGACGAAGCCUGUGAUGCAGCUCUCGUUUGUGUCGUCCGUGCCGGGCCAUUACAGUGCGUACGUGCGCGUUGAAAUGGACAAGGGCAAUUUGAUCCUGCCUGUGGAGCUCACGGUGCUGUCGGAGGGGCUGCAUCUGGGAGCGACCCAUUUGAACUUUGGCGUGCUCGUCCACGACGACGAGGUACAUGAUGGUGUCCUUCCGUGCGUCGCCAGGCACGGGAACAUCACAUCGCGGUGGACUUUGUCAAUACCGGCCGCACCACGGUGCUCGUGAAAGGCGUGAGUUUACAAACGCCGGACAGUCGCAUCUCGGUCGUGAUUCAAGGCUCUCACGCGGUCGGCCCGCUGUCCCGAGUCAAGCAUGCCAUGGUUGUUUCGUACGGAAGCAUCGACCCCGGCACGUUCACCGGCAUGCUGAUUGUUCACACGAACGACACGACCGUCGAUCCGUCGACGCACGGACGCGGCCAUGGCGGCGACAUUUGGCUCAAUUACACGGCAACCAAGGUGAGCGGUCGUGGGCUCGCGUUCGCGCCGCAAGAGGUCGAGUUCACGUCGUGCGGCGGCGCCGGGCGCGGUCUCGUUUUAACCAACUACUUUGACACGGCCGUCGCGAUCGAGAUGGUGCAACUGGCCGACCCGUCGUUGUUUUCCCUGCACAACUUUACCGGGAACGCGGUCGCGGAGGCCGGUACGUCGUGGCCACCCAUUUACUUGGACUGCAUCAUGGAUGUGGACGGCAACGGCACGACGACGUCGCCGACAUUGCAAUGGCCCGUCACGACCCACACCCACUCGCACCUCCUUGUCCAAACCAACGUGUCUCGGCAUGUAAUCCCCCUUGUCUUGUCUUCGAACCGAUUGACGGUACACACCACCAGCAAACGAUGGCAUGCCAUGUCCACGGACGCCCGCGUCGCCCGCCGCCACCGGCCCCUCGACAAGCCGGUCGCCGCUCCGUCCGCGACUGGCGCCCGACGUGCAUUUCAACUCGACUUGGGCAACAUUUCGUCGUCUCGCCACGUGCUGGUCAACCUGACGAAUUUCAACCCUCGCGCCAUUCCAGUGCACAGCAUCGUCGCGCACCUCGCGACGUUGGAGGUGUCACUCGAGCCCAUGAUUCCCCACUUCGCCCCGUCGGGGAUGGAAUGCUUGACUCGUCAUGAUGCCGGCGACUCGGACGACGCUGCAGCCGACGACGCGUGUGCCAUCGACCGCCAACAGACGCCGCUGUACCCUUCCGACGCUUCGAGUUCGUGUCGGUCCAAGCACAACAUGUCUACGGUGAUACCACCUGGGUACGCCUUGCCCAUGGUCCUCCACAUCACACCGACCGCGACGGCCGCCACGGACGUCCUCGCGUUUACGAUCUCGACGACGUCGGAAACGAUUGACGUGUAUCUCACGUACACGCCGGUGCGCGGCUCCAUCGUCCCGACGCGCCGCAAACUACGCACGGCUUGCCCGUUGUACCCCGGACGAGCUGAAGUCGUGCCGUUGUAUGUAGACAGCACGUUUGCAUUUCCCGUGCCCAUCACGGCGAUUCGCGUAUCCGAUCGGCGAGUCCAAGUCCUCAGCCAAGCGAGCGCGGUGUCCCCUAACGGGACAACGCUGGUUGCGCAGUUGGUCGUGUCGCCCGCGUAUGCCCUCGGGUGUGCGAACCCCGACAAGUUUGCCGACUGCUUGCUGCCCGUCCCGAUUGCGAGCCGGGACUGGACACCGCCAUCCCACGGCAUGCUGUCCUCGUUCGGGCAAGCCGUGACCCCAGCGGACGUGGCUGCGCAUUUUCAGCGACUCCAGCGCUUUGCCGAGUUGGAAACCCAAGGCGACACCGUCGCCGAGAUGCAAGUUGUCAUGUAUACCGAUUUGGUUGCGGUCGCGCCAGUAGUCGUGCGGAUGCCGAUGGCCCGCCCGCGCCUCGUCGGCGAGAGCACAACCCAUGCCGGCAUGGUGGAAAUGCCCCUUACCCAUGUCGGCAACGUGUCCGAGAUGUGGCUGACGGUCACGAACCCAUCCAACGUGACGAUUGACGUGGCGCUGGCACUGCUUGCGUCGAAAGACUCGGACGAAAUCGGAGCGCGUGGCGGGUUUUACACGUGCCCGAGUCCAACCAAGGUGGUGGCGGCUUGCAAAGAUACGUGGAAAGCGGCGGUGACGUCCGGCGAUGGCGCUGUGGCGAUGCCCGCGUUCUUCCUGUCAUCGAUGGACAAACAAACCCUGGCGCCGGGCGACACCACGACGCUGGGACCGAUUCUGUUUGCGCCGAGCGCGGCCAAAGAAUACGUUGGCCGGUUGUACUUGCGCAAUACGUUGAGCCACAUCGAGCCCGUUGUCGUCCGGGGCCAGGGCGGACGAGGGCACGUGCGCGUGGUCAACAAUGCUGUGCUCGACUCACACGCCCCGCCGCGCGUGAUUGCGUUGGAGAACGACGGCAACAUGCCGCUGGUUGUCCACGGCUGGAGUUGUCCAAAUUGUGGAAAAUGCAGUGGGCACGACGCUGGCUUUUGCGUGCAGUUUCCCGGUUCGUCGACUUCGGACGCGGUUCCCGUCGAGCUCGCGCCCGGCGGCAGCAGGUUGUCGCUGAACGUGUCGUUUGUGUCUGGCUGUCGCUUCAAUCGGGAAGUCGAGGUAGUGGUGCUCCACACGUCGUCCGGCAACGUGUCGGUGCCGCUGGAAGGGGCGGUGGCAUCGCCUUAUCGGGAAUGCCUGGGCACGACCAGGAUGUCGUACUUGCACGCCGGGGGUCGCGUCAUUGUGUGGGGACUCUUUGCGUUGAUCGUGAGUCAAAUUGUCCACUACACUGUCGAGAUUGUGUGGCUCGACUGCCACGCGAGUCCUGCCGACACCAACUUUGGCUACACCCCGCCCGUGGCGACCGAAGCCCCGGCAUUCCCUGACCACGUCGACGACGACGCGCUGGACGACGAGCUCCAAGCGAUCGAAGCGCAAGUGUUUGAGAGUUUUACAUUUGCCCCGAUUCGCAGCCCUGCCGUCCAACGCGUACAUGACCAACGCAAAGCCGCCCUGGCCCAGAAACCCACCGACAAGAAGAAAGCCAAGCCGAAGAAGGCGCUGGCUGCGACGACGCGGCCAGAUGCAGUUCGCACGGCUCACGCCACACGGACAUGCUCUCCAAGAGACGACGUGGCCACGGUGGCUGCACCUGUAGUGCCGGACGAGUCACCAUCCAAGAAUGGUCCGACGGCGUCCCCUCGAACGGAGCGUUGCAACGCCGAGGAUGCACAGUUGACGCCUGUGUCCCCCCAUCGGGCCCCGCCAGAUACGACUCGCGGCGCGGAACACGAGCAAAACACCUUGUCGUCGACCCCGUCGACGACUGCGGACGGCUGCGACCUCCAACACGACCGUGGCACCGCCAUGAAGCGCAAAAAUGCACUCAGUUCGUGGCGGCCAGCUAUUGCAACGACUACGCAUGUCGAGCACCACCCUGCUGAGUUAGCCCAUGCGGUUCGUGCUAGUGCCCACCUGCCACCGGCACGCGGGGCCUCCAGGCAAGUGCCCCCCGUUGCUCAAGAGUUCCCACAAGGCGUGGUACACGGCCCCGGGUCUGCUUCACAUGCCGCAUGCGCGACAUACCUCGUGGACCAAGCAAAGGCAGACCACAACGAAGCCGCAGACGAUGCCGAGGACAACGGUACCUCGUCCGUCGUGACGGCAGCGUGCGCCACGGUGAACGACGUGGCCAAGAUCUGUGCUGCCGGCAACGACACAAGCACGAAGUGCGAAGAACGCGUUGUGGAAUCGGACGACGGCGUUCGCUAUACCGCAGGCGACAACGGGAGCGACACCGAGACCGGCGCAGUCGACGGCGAUUGUAGUGCCGAGUCGAAAAGUUCGGACGAGGACGGCACGGACAAUGGCGCCGACGACACGGACGACGGCAUCCAUGCCACGGACGCCUUGAAACUUGACGCGGACGACGCUGUCGACGACGGCAGUGGCAGCGACGACCCGACGUGGAGUGCGGACCUGGAUCGCGUCCCGCUGCACGUCGACAGCACGAGCCGCGACAACACGAUCGUGUUGGACGAGAUCGACCAGUUGAUGCAAGAGGUCCACAAUGAGCAGCAAUUUCGAUGGCAUGAGCCAUCGCUGUUGUCGCCCGGCCGAGGGAACGCCACACAUUGGCACGACGAGCUACCACCCCACUCGGCUUUGCGCCAUGACCAAUUUGCAAUGCCGCGUCGGCCCCACACCUCGUUCCCUCCUCGUUCAAUCAAAUCGCCGGUGGCGGCACCACCUGGGUUUAGCGCCGCCGAUGCCGAUCCGUUGGCUGUGUCCCGAACGUACGCCCACCUCGGUCAACUGCGGCGCCCCCCUCACGACAACAUUCCACCUCCCAUGUGGGACAACCAGGCAUUCAAGGCCCCGCUCGUACUCUUCGGGUCGUCCUACUUUACAGGCCACCAAGCUGGCCGCAUUGGGUCCCGCCGGCCGUGUCGCAGCAAUCCGCCCGCUGAGCGUCCCAGUCAACGCCAUGACUUUGAGCCCUUCCAUCGCAACGCGUUCCCUGGUCGAGACCGAAGCCUUGCCAGUUUGGUUGAUGUCGACGCCCCCUUUGAAAGCUCCCGCGAUGUGUUUCUCAAGUCGGAGACGUCGCCGUUGCAACGAGAUAGUCGAUUUGGGUUCUGGUAACGAUUCAGCACACGGAAGCCGUGCGCAACAUGGUUCCAAUCUAGCCACGGCGUCGUUGUCAUGCUCUCGACGGUACCAGGGACGUCGUAUAGUGCCUGGAGGAUAUCCACGGAGCCACACUGACAGGCAGCGGCAUCACCCAGCAGCGAAAGUUGCUGCUGCCUCGCUACUCCAGGUGUACCGACAGAAUAGUGCGCAAUUUACCGUUUCGCUCAAAAUACACAUUUUUCGAAUGCGGGAGAGGAA